CCGUACCAAUCACCUCGUUACACCAAAACGGUCCAAACCGAUGAUUAUCUUUUUUGGUAUAACCAAACCGAUGCUUUGAGUGUCUGGUGAGAUUAAAAAAUUGAGGGAGACGAUGGAGGGUCCUCCGGCGAACGAUUGCUGCUCUAUUUGCCAUGGAAACUUUAACGUUCCUUGCCAAGCCAAUUGCUCUCAUUGGUUUUGCGGUAAUUGUAUCAUGCUUGUUUGGCAUCAUGGAUCCACAUUUCACCCAUGUAAAUGCCCCCUUUGUCGACGUCAGAUAACUUUGUUGGUUCCUGGUGAGGCCUCAUUAAGGGAACGUCAUAACUCAGCAGUAGCCGAGAUUCUGGAAAAGGUUGAAAAAUACAACCGUUACUUUGGCGGACAAUCCAAUGGUCUCUUUCAGAGACUGCAAGACCUUCCUUUUCUGCUCCGAAGGUUGGUACGAGAAAUGAUAGAUCCUCAAAGAUCUCUUCCUCUUGUCAUAAGAGCUCGUGUAUAUCUUGCAAUGUUAUUAAGUUCCAUCUACAUAUUCAGCCCCAUUGACAUUAUUCCUGAAGCAAUUUUGGGGAUAGUUGGCCUUUUAGAUGAUCUUCUUAUAGUCCUCGUUUGCUUUCUACAUGUUGCUGCCAUAUAUCGAUCUGUUCUCUACUAUCGUCAUGGAGGUUCUUGAAGUUUAUUGGAGCAUUGAUAUAUGUAAGCUUACUAGUUCUUAACAAAAAGCUAAACACAACAUAAUGAGAGUUGGAAAGUAUAUAGUUGUAUGCAUUGUGAAUUAAUUUUAGAUUAAUUUCUAAUAGUUGUAUUUGUAAUAUCACAUAGUUGUUUAUAAACUAUAGUUCUAUUUGACAACUUGUGCGUUUGACUACUGUUGAUAAAUGUUAUUUUUUUGUUUCAAAAGUUUAUCAUGUGAAAGUUAUUGCAAGCCAAACUAUAGGCCUGACUGUGUGCCAUUACUAAAAACCUUGAAUCAAUUGCAUUGGUUAUUUAGCAUAUAUGGUCAAUUUGUGUCGUCUAAUAUAUGUGUUUCCCAUCUUGAAUGAUCAACUUGUGUUGUUUAACAUAGGUCUCCACCCUUCUAAUUAAUUUAUUAUAAGUUUGUGUGAAAAACCUUUAAACUCCUUUUGGUAGGAAUGAAUGGAAAGGGAAAGAAAAAAAUUAAUUUAAUGGUUAAGUUACAAAAUAACACAUGUUAUGAAUCUCAAACAUCAGAUUAAAAUUUUUUUAUCUUUAUCCAUUUUCAUCAUUCGUAUCAAACAUAACUUUAAUAGUUGUUAAAAGUAGGAAAGGCUUUGGAGGAAUACAAAUUAGUUGUGAGACAUUGCUUCUAGAAGAAAUGAACUCUGAUGAAGUCUUGAAUGGAGAUUGAUGAUUGAGAUUCAAGGUUGGUCUUGGAGUUAGGAAUUUUCGUUGAAUAUUAUGAGUUUAGU